AACAACACAUGCAACAGGUGCCUCAGUUCAGACUGCGACAAGCACCAGAAUGCAGUGGCUCGUCUUAUUCUCAGUCUACGCCGCGGCACUAGCCAUACCUCAACAGCAGCUUCAUCUUCAUAUGACGGAAGAUGAAAGAGCUCACCUACUUGGAGCAACUCCAUUCCAAGAAACUCCCGAAUAUGAUUUGACCACACCUUUCGAAGCUGAUGAAAAUGGUUCUCCACACAGCCGGAAGCGAAGAGAUGUUGAUGAUUUCGUUUACUUCAAAGUUUCUGCUUUUGGAGAAGAUUACCAUCUGCAAGUGAAACACAACUCGGACCUGUUGACUCCUGGAUUUUUUGUACAAGUCGCGGGACCGAACGGAGAAUCGAAGUUGGACUUCGAUAUCGCUGAGCACUGCCAUUUCACGGGAAAAUUGAAAUCUCAUUCGCCUUCUCACGUUGCAGUUAGUGACUGUGACGGUGGACUGGCUGGUCUAAUUGCAACGAACAGUACACAACUGAUGCUUCAGCGUCUUCCUGAUCAUCUUGUGAACUUUGUAGCAAAUAAUUCUGGUCACACUCAUGUUGUUUAUAAGAGAGCAGCUGAACAACGUAGUACGUCUCCAACAACAUCAAGCAGAGAGAAUAUUACAUAUGCCUGUAGUGUUGAGGGAUCAAUUCCUCCGUCUUAUGAAAACACCAGUUCUUCUUAUUUCAACAGCACUAAAAGAGGAGAAUCCAUUGAUCAACAGCGCACUCGAUAUGUCAUUGAGGGGUUUGUAGUAACCGACAGUGGUCUGUAUGAGAAACAUGGCAGGGAUGCUAAGAAACUGACACGCUACGUUGCCACUCUAAUGAACCUAGCCUCAAGUAUGUACAACCUGGAUGUUUUAGGAUUCAAUGUUCGUCUUGUGUUGACUAGAAUAUAUAUGUUUACUGAUAAGGAGACUGAGGAAAAGCAAAAUUUGUUCAUUACACAUGAUUCAAAGAACAAUCUUGAAGGGUUUAGUCGCUGGCAGUCGGAUCCUUCACGAUAUGUUGCCAAUGACAGUGAUCCACUUCAUUAUGAUCAUGCAUUUCUCUUUAUAUCGAAGGGAAUGUGUUACGGUGUCGAUAGAGACUGUUUUGAACUGGGACGAGCAUGGAUUGGUUCUGUCUGUAGCAGACAAGGGAAAUAUGCCGCUUCAGUGAAUGCAGACAAGGGCAUGCAACUGGGAUUUGUGUUUGCUCAUGAACUGGGACAUAAUUUGGGAAUGUAUCAUGAUGGUAAGGACGGCCAUUGUAGUGAUAGAGAUGGGUUCAUUAUGGCCCCAUCGACUGCUGGUGCAAGCCAAAUAUACUUGUGGUCAUCUUGUAGCAAGGCUUAUCUUCUGGAUAACAUAAAGAAAAAUGGUCUGGUGUGUUUGAAGGAUUGCCCAGGAGUUAUUCAGGCAAACUUUGGACAGAGGAAAAACACCAAGCUUGCCGGCCAAAUUUACAAUCGAGACGUUCAAUGCCAAUUGGGAUUCCCUGGAAGCAAAGGGUUUUGUAGAGGUGCUGAAAACGAAAUUUGCACAAGAUUGUGGUGCAUGAAUCCUGGUCGUCCUGGAAGUUGUAUUAGUGCAUUUGUUGGUGCUGCAGUUGGAACUCGUUGCACAUCAGAUGGAAAGGUUUGCUCUAGAGAACGGCAAUGUGUGACCACAGACUCAAUGCUUCCACCAUUACUGCCUCUUCCAACUCUUUGCAAUGGACCAUUAUGUGAAGCAGACCCUACUCGUCCAAUUACUAAUGGCAAUUGGGGUCCUUGGCAGGAUGACCAGCCUUGUUCACGUUCUUGUGGUGGAGGGUUUAAGGUUCAGAAGCGAAUUUGCAACAAUCCAAGCCCUGACAAUUGUGGUGAAGACUGUGAAGGCGAAUCAACACAAACUGUAAUCUGCAAUAUUGCACCGUGUCAGGGAGGUUCAGAUUAUCGAGCUGAUCAGUGUGCUGCACUCAAUGCCCGUGUGGAAGUAACUGAUCUCUCUCCUGUAUAUCUUACUUCAGAAAGUCAGCGUGAACCUUGCAGGCUGCUCUGUUAUUCUUCGAGCACACGAACAAUGUAUCGUGGCUCUGAUGUGGCAGAUGGCACUAAAUGUCAUAAAUACACGAAUACUAACGAUCGUUGUUACAGAGGUGACUGUCAGGCUGUUGGUUGUGAUUAUAAACUUAACUCGAGUGUCGUGUUUGAUAUUUGCGGUGUGUGUGGGGGCAAUGGCAACACGUGUACUGUCAGAAGAGGGCAAUACACUCAGCAGCAGACACGGAGUGGAUACUAUCCCGUUCAUGUCAUCCCAGCUGGAGCAAGAAACAUUCGAGUCGAGGAGAUUCAGUUUUCUAAAGUUAUUGCAUUCGCUGCUUCUGUGAAUGGCCAACGUGUUCUUGGUAACGUAAUCUAUUCGUAUACUAUUGCCACGUUUGCUGGUACAAUAUUUGAAUACGAUCGACCGUCUGGCAAACCUGAAGUUCUUGUUGCCGAAGGACCUACAACAGAAGAUGUUCAGCUAGAGGUAGUUAUAUUUGGUGGCAGAGGUCCUCACUUUGGGCUUCGUUACACGUAUGUUACUCCACCUAUACAACAACAAAGAACAUUCUUUUGGAAGCCCAAAGACUAUGGAAAAUGUAAUCAAACUUGUGGAGGUGGAUAUCAAACUAGGAGGAUUGUGUGUCGUGAUUCCGUUACUUUGAAAAAGACAACUGACAGUGAUUGCAUGGAUCUGCCAAAACCCACCACGAUUCAGGAAUGCAACACAUUUGUUUGUUCUGUUUGGGUUCUAUCAGACUGGUCUCCUUGUUCUGUCACUUGUGGUAAAGGGACCCAGAAACGCACUAUUAAAUGUAACAGAACGGUCAAGAGUGUUAAAUGCAAAAAACCGAAGCCAAAGAGACACAGAAAGUGUCGACCUGGAAAUUCUUAUCUAGAUUGGAUCAUGUUUUAUAGAGUGGUUGUCAGUAUGAGUAACGGAAGGCAGUGGUGUGAUCGAACACGAUUGUAUGAGGUGCUGCUGCUGCUGACCGUAGAACUUCUCAGAAAGACUGCGGUGAGUCGCAUGCAACCCUACUACCGAGUACACAGCAUUACGUCGAUCACAUGUGCAGCGUGGCCUAGUAUCUUCACCAUGAAUUUCCUGUCGACUUCUUUCUUGCUAUCCACCAUAGUUUCUCUUGCUUCAUCGAUACGGCUGCAUCACGCCAUGACUUCAAAAGAUGUGCACGAGCUGUUUGGAGUUAGACAAGAGUCAGACAUUCCUGAGUACGACGUUUUCACGCCGUUUCAGGUCGAUCACAAUGGGUAUUAUGUCACUCACGAUCUUGAUACCGUACACAAGAGAGCCAGACGCGAUCAACACGACGUCGUGCGCAACAUCUCCGCUCACUUUCAGUUCUCUGCGUUUGGAGAGCGUCAUCGGUUGACCGUCAAGUCGAGCAAUGACUUCAUCUCUCCCGGUUUCUUCAUGCAGAUACACGGGGACGAUAACGCUGUGUACACAGAUUUUGACUUCCAGAUGUGUCACUUCGUUGGCGAGCUAACAACCCAUUCGUCAGCCUCACACGUAGCCAUCAGCAACUGCAACGGACUGAUGGGUGUGAUCGUGACCGAAGAAGGAAGUAAGUUUGUGCAGCCUCUGCCCGAUCACCUAGUGACGUCUAACUUUAAUACUGACAAUCAUACACAUUUGAUUUACAAGAGGGCAGUGAAAGAUCAAUCAGGCUCUGGAAGACCCGAAUGCAGCGUUCACGGAAGCAUAUCAGCAACCAAGUACGACAAUGCAAGCAGAAUUGAAGUAGAUCUUCAGACGGGUCGUCUGCAACUAGAAAACGUGAUGGACUCUUUGGGCUCCAAUCUGGGAGAUAGAUAUAUUGCCGAAAUCCUGGUGGUGACAGACGCCGAUGUGUAUAAGAAACAUAACUCUGAUGUACAGAAAGUUAGACAGUACAUCCUCACUCUGAUGAAUAUCGCAAGCAGCUUGUAUAAUGUUCGCAAUCUGGGAUUUAAUGUGCGCCUCGUUCUCACCAGAGUUCAACUGUUUACUUCAUUUACUGGACAAACUCGUUUGGGACUAACAACAGGAUUGGGUCAAGAUUCAAAGAAAUUGCUUGUGCUUUUCACUGAAUGGCAGGCUAAGAACAAGCCUAAUUCCUCGGAAAACAAGCAUCCUCUUGACUAUGAUCAUGCAAUCUUCGUUAUAGGACGUGGGAUGUGCUAUGGUGAAGACGCUGAUUGCUGGGAACUGGGUCGUUCUUGGAUCGGAGCAAUGUGUUCUAACAAGUACUCAACAUCAAUUGUUUCAGACAGAGGCCUUCACGUUGGCUUUGUUUUUGGCCAUGAAGUUGGGCACAAUGUUGGAAUGCUGCACGAUGGCGCAUACGGAAAAUGCCGUAGUCAAGAUGGCUUCCUAAUGAAAUACACGACAGCUAAUGCUCAAAAUAUACAUCUAUUCUCAAUUUGCAGCAAAGUAUACCUUUUGGCUUAUCUCAAAUCAGAUAAACCACGAUGUCUCAAGGAUACACCCAGGGCUUGGGAAGACGGUUUUGGCAGAACUUAUUAUGAACAUCCAGGAUACCUUUAUGGUCGGAGUCAACAGUGCAAGUUUUCGUUUGGCGAAAAUGCAACGUACUGUAACAAAGAACGGAGUGCACACGCCGAUAUUUGCCACAGGCUUUGGUGUGAUGACAAACGACAUCAGUCUUGUGUAACUACAUACACAGGUGCUGCAGAUGGCACAUCGUGUGAUGCUCCGUCCUGGCUAGGAAGAAAAGUGUGUUACAAACGACGGUGUGUGCCCGUAUCACAACUACACAAACCAGACUUACCUUUCUUUAGAGGCCUCUUGCUUCCAGCCCAUCCCAUUACCAUUCAUCCUGACAUUCUCAAUCACGAGAAGAAAGAGUUGUCUCCCACUCCACCGCUGACAACCGAAGGUCCAACAGUAAAGCAGUGUAUUCGGAACCCGAACAGUCCCGUCAAUCACGGGAAAUGGAGUGCGUGGUCGGCUUUCACUCGCUGUGGUAGAACAUGCGGUGGAGGAUUUCGAUACAGACAAAGAGCAUGCUCCAACCCUAGACCCUCUAACUGUGGACGAGAUUGUACUGGAAUAUCUACAGACAUUCAGUUCUGCAACUUCAUGCCUUGUCCUGGACUCAUCGAUUAUCGUCGGCAGCAGUGUAGAGCUCAUAACAACCUGAGGAGAGGAAUUAGCCUCGUACCAGACUACAACGUUAAGAAGGAGUUAGAGUGUCGUCUUUUAUGUGUAUCAGUAUCAUACGUCAAGUUUACUCUUCGCUCUCCCGAAGCAGCCGAAGGAACUCUCUGUAAUAAUAGAACGAAUGACCGAUGCUUUUGGGGAAAGUGUCUUCCAGUUGGUUGUGACAAUAAACAGGGAUCACACAAAACGUUUGAUCGCUGUGGUGUGUGUGGAGGAGACGGCAGUUCUAGAAACUGCAAUACGUACAAGAGCACUUACAUUGUGCGGCAGGAGUGGUCAGGAUAUUACAGAGUCACGGAAAUUCCUGCCCAUGCUAGUAACAUUAAAAUUAUUGAGAUACGCCCGUCGUCAGCUAUCACCUUGGCUCUCGCACACGUCGACGGAAAAAACUUACUGAACGGUGACUUCAAAAUUGGCGCCGCGUCGCAGACAGCGAAUGUAGCAGGAAGCGUAUUUCUCUACCAACGCUUGCCUGGGAGGACAGAAAGUAUGACUGCUGACGGACCAAUCAAUCGGCCUUUGGUUGUCAAAAUGCUGUACAACCACAGCUCUCGAGAUUACUUCGGAAUUCAGUACAGCUACGACACGCCGCGGUCAGUUCGAGUGAAAGAGAAUCCAUAUGUGUGGCAUGCUAGACGGUCGGACUGCAGUACAAGCUGCGGUAAAGGCAUUACCACGACUGAUUUACGAUGCGUUGUUCGAACUUCUGGCGCUGAGGUGGACGUUGCCAUGUGCUUCGGUCAGAUCGCUCCACGCAGUCAGAGAGCUGAAUGCGAUGGACGCAAUUGUGCUAUAACGCGUUACUAUUGGGUGGGAAAGAAGUGGUCUGCUUGCAGCAGUAGCUGUGGAAAAGGUGUCGCCACGAGGAAAGUUGUGUGCCGCAACGGUGGCACCGGCAAGAACGUUGCCGCCGCCUACUGCGUCGGUGCGAUUCCCGCCACUCAACCGUGCACACUCGGCGCAUGCCCGGACGUUGUACAGACACCACCUCCUGUCACAUCGACGGUUGCUCCUGCUCCCACUGCUAGAGUCGACUGGAUAGUUGGCAACUGGUCUGCGUGCUCGACGACCUGCGACAAAGGCAACCAGAUUCGCUCGGUUACUUGCAGCUCUAAUUGCAUCGGUCCGAAGCCCGAGACUGAGCGUACAUGCAAGUUAAGACCGUGUUGUCGUGAUAGAGACGCAAAUGUGUGUAAACUGCUGUUGACGGCCGAGUGUCUGAAUGGUUGCAAUGACAAAGUCAUAAGAAAGUUUUGUUGUCAGACGUGCACCAAUCGAGCAACCAAUACGGUGAGGUAACAACGAAUUGAUGCGAAACAUCGAUAAAACAUUGGCUUGAGCUUUACGAUGUCGUUGCACUUUGAACUGAACGAACAAUACCGCUACUCACGUUAACGAGCAAUCGAGGGAUUGCAGGAACCAUUAAUAUUAAAUUGAAAAUUGAAUUGUCGUUAAUUAAAA